AUGUACGAGUUAUUGAAUGUUUUUAUGGUUCUGCGGCUCAGGGAAACAGAAAUUAACUUUAAGGUAGCGAUGUUCCUGACACGCAGCGAGUAUGAUCGUGGUGUGAAUACAUUUUCACCGGAAGGAAGACUGUUCCAAGUCGAAUAUGCCAUUGAGGCCGUGAAGCUUGGCUCUACCAGCAUUGGAAUACGCACUAAAGAAGGAGUUUUACUAGCCGCUGAAAAGAGAUCUACCUCCAAGCUUAUGGUUAAUGAUGCCAUUGAAAAAAUAAGCAAGGUCGAUGAACAUGUCGGUGUAACAUUUGCCGGCUUGAUUGCCGAUUCUCGAACGCUUGUGGAAAGGGCACAGAUUGAAGCGCAAAAUUUUUGGUUCACCUACAACCGGAAGAUUCGAAUUGAAGAUGUUACUCAAUCAGUUGCAAACCUCGCUCUCCAGUUUGGCGAUGAUGAUGUGAAGGCUUCAAUGUCUCGCCCCUUCGGUGUUGCCAUGCUGUUCGCUGGGGUAGAUCAAGAUGGAGCAAAGCUUUUCCAUCUUGAUCCCUCAGGAACUUUCAUUGAUUGUAAGGCAAAGUCGAUCGGUGCUGCAAGUGAUGGAGCGGAGCAGAGUUUGAAGGAACAGUAUCACGAUAAUAUGACAUUGAAAGAAGCGCUGAAGGUGGCACUGGCUAUCUUGAAGCAGGUCAUGGAGGAGAAGUUGAAUAGUGCUAACGUAGAGGUGGUUGUUAUCAAACCUGUGAAAGAUUCCAAAGGUCGCCAGGUUGGGGCAUUCGAACGUGUCAGCAAUGCAGAUCUUGAUGUCGUUAUCUCAACGUUAUAA